AUGGCUGAUACCGACUUCAAUCCUGUGUUGGAGGAGAAGACACCCGACAUUGAUCAUUUGAAGACAACUCAAAUGACCGAGAAUGAAAUCGAGGUCGACUCAACAGAAGAAGAGUUCCCUCUCCCUACUGAAGAAGAAGAAAAUACGCUGCGUAAGGUGGCAGGAACAUUGCCAUUGGUAGCCUAUUCACUCUGCUUGGUUGAAUUCGCUGAGCGUGCUUCUUAUUACGGAGCAGAGACGGUUUAUUCUAAUUUCAUUGAGUUUCCACUUCCAGCAGGUACGCUAUAUCUCUUUUGCUGUUUGAAAAUACCCUAUUUUCUCCAGUUCAUCCUUACUGAUCGAUCAAUCCUAGGUGGUAAUGGCGCAGGUGCCCCUCCCAGAGGGACGGAAGAGACAGCCGGAGCCUUGGGUAUGGGUCUCCAAGCAAGUGAUGCCCUGGUCCUCCUGUUCACUUUCCUUGCAUACAUUGUUCCGAUCUUUGGAGGUUGGUGGGCCGAUGUCCAUGUCGGUCGCUACAGGGCCAUUGUUGUCGGUGUCCUCAUCUGCGGAGUUGCGCAUAUCAUUCAGAUCAUCGGUGCCAUCCCCAAGUUUCUCCAGGAAGGCAAAUCCCACUCUGCACCGCCAUUCAUCCUCGGCCUUCUUAUCCUUGCGUUUGGUGCUGGAGUCUUCAAGCCGAAUAUUGCACCCACCAUCCUGGAUCAAAAUCCACACAAGAAGGCUUACGUGAAAACGUUGAAGUCUGGUGAGAGAGUUAUCGUUGAUCCGAAUCUGACAGCCACGAGAAUCAUGCUACUGUUCUAUGGCUUUGUUAAUGCCGGCGCCUUUUACGAGCUGGCAACCACCUACGCUGAAAAAUAUGUUGGAUACUGGCUGGUCUUUCUGCUAGCCGGAGCUAUCUAUUUCAUGCUUCCCGUUUUCCUUUGGGCUGUUUAUAAUAAAACAAAGAAGCAGCCUCCCAAUGGAGGAAAAGAGAUCAACCAGGCAUUCCAAAUUACAGUGGCGGCCGUCCGUCAGAGCAAAGGUCAGGUUUGGCGUAAGGACUUCUGGGAAGCUGUUAAACCAACGAGUCUCAAAGCGAAGGGAGUCGAUGUCGAGUGGACUUCUGGAUUCGUAGAUAAAGUUUCGAAGACUAUGGCUGCAUGCGACGUAUUCUGGUUUAUCCCAAUUUGGGUCCUCAACGACGGCGGUAUUGGUUCUGUUUCAACCAACCAAGGUGCAUCCAUGGUUACAGACGGGGCACCGAACGAUCUCCUCAGCAACUUCAAUCCCAUCACAAUUAUCGUUGCCGUUCCUAUCUUGACGUAUGUCAUCUACCCGAUACUCGAGCGCCGAAAGAUCAAAUUCGGUCCCAUCUCUCGCAUGACCUUCGGAUUUUUCUUGGCCAUUCUAUCAGGCAUUGCCGGUACUCUGGUGCAAUGGAAGGUUUAUCAGAUGUCGCCAUGUGGUUCCUACGCUUCCUCAUGUGAUGGAGUUGCACCAAUUAGUAUUUGGUGGCAAGUUGUGAAUACGGCUCUUGGAGCCUUGAGUGAGUGCUUUGUCAACGUCACUGCCUACGAGCUCGCCUAUGCCAGAUCACCAAAGAGUAUGAAGGGCCUUGUCAUGGCCAUCUUCUUGUUCAUGAAUGCGCUGUCGAGCGCUAUCGGAGAGAUCCUGGUUCCAGUGACCAAGGACCCUUACCUUAUCUGGAUUUGGGGUGCUCCUACAGUGGCUUUAGCACUCCAGACAGUUAUCUUCUGGUUCCGAUUCAAGCACAUGAAUGAUGAGAAUUACAUUGCAGACAAUGUUGAUGACUCCUGGGAGGAGGUUGAGCGAAGUGAAACCAUCGCCAUUGCCAACGGGAAGGAGUCUAAGGUUUGA